ACGUUCAUUGCGAGACAAUGGUUCAAGUCAAAAAGGACAAGAAGAAAAAGAUGAAGUUGGGGAAGUUUCUGUCAUCUUCUGUAGACGCAGUGGCCUCGACCACUACACCUGCAGAUGGUGCCAAAGCCUUCUCCUCUUCUCCAUCCCGAAAGCGCAAAUUUCCAUCUCUGCGCCGGGUCUUCCGCAGAAUUCUGUCAGUGAUUCUGCCCUGUGUGUCCCUCACUGUACCGGAUGAGUCCUCUACCAUCGAGACUCACACAGCCGGUGCUGACACACAAAAAGACGUCUCAUCAGAUGCAUCUUUCUUGUCUGCAGUUAGCAGAUCAUCUGAUCCCGGGUUUGAUCUGCAAGUUGCAAACCAGGAGAAGGAAGCAUAUAGAGACGUAGCUGGAAAACAGAGCUGCCCUUCCAGCGCUGAGGAUACUACCUCAUCCACAAACAUGAGGUCCUCAGAUCCGGUCGCUACAGCUGUGGAAACGGAAGUCAUCACAGAUGUGUCUGCAGAGUCAAGCACCUAUACCAGCGCUGAUGGUACUUCCACAGAUCCCUCAGAUCUGGAGGCCACCAAAGGGUUCACCUCCUCCAGUUCUGUGGGUGUUUUUACCCCUGAAGAGAGUGAGAUGGCUGACCCUCAGGCUGCAGCCAUUCUUGAAGAUGCAGCUGGUGAUCAGACUGUCCCUGAAGACUGCGUCCUCGGAGUGCUAGCCAGUAUGACAGCCCGGUCAAACAGUCUGCCCCAGGCUGAAAUACUGGAACACACAGAGUGCAGUUCUGAGCGGGAGCAGAUUGAGAUCGAGGAGCUGCACACGGAGGAUGGUGCUCAACUGGCUGAUGUUGUAGCAACAGCAUCACCAACCAACAUCAAUCACUUGGGUUUUCCCAAUUUAGGAAACACUUGCUACAUGAACGCCGUGUUGCAGUGCCUCCUCAGCGUUUCCCCCUUCAGAAAGGAUAUACUUACCCAGAGAGAACGGUGGAACGAGGGAAGCGCAAUGCUCAGGGCGCUUAGUGACCUGCAUAUGACCAGGCUGAUGGGCAACGACAAACAGCUGAAAACAAAGCUCUUGUCCAGUGUGAAGGCCUGCAUUGAAACUCGCCAUCCAGACUUUUGGGAGACCAUAAACAAGACGCCCAUGAGUUCUUGCUGGUUUGCCUGUCUCACCUUAAAGAGGAGGGCGAGUUUCUGCGAAGCUGCUGGCCCACAUACACCUGCCCAGUAG